UUAGUUUAAAUAACUUUUUAAAGCUCAAACCUGUUAAAUUAUUUUACAUUUUACAGCAAAAUAAGAAAAAAAAGCUUCUUUUUCUUUCUUUUUCUGCCGUUAAUAACCCCAUGGCCUCUCAUGCUUAUCUUAUGACCCCUCUGAGGUCACACAAUAACCUUCAAUUAGGAAACACUGCCCUAAGCCAGCUGUGUGUCAUGUAGUUACACAUUUUAAGAUGCUUUAAUGCCAGCUGAUGACCUUGCAGGAUUUCUAGGGGUGAGUUCAAACUUCUAAUGGAGGACUUUUUGUAAUCUUUUGGUAUUUACUCUGAUUUGAGUGUCUGAGUUUCUCAAAGAGGAAUCUGUAGCCUCUGACGGUGAAGUGCAUUCAAAUGCUCACAAUGUUUAAGUCUUACUUCUUAUUAGAGAAAGACAGCCAUGAGGUCACUGCAGCUGUAAAACAUUUGCCCAAACUCAAACCUCUGUGGGCAUGUUUUACAAAAAUGUUUAGAGUUGGUGGUUUUCUAGCUAAUAGUUAAUAAAUCAUUAAGUUACGCUUAUAGAUUUAUUAUAAACCAUAAAUAAUAACGUUUGGGUGUUAGGGCUGUAGAAGCUUCUUCGGGCUGGUUAUAAGAACUGAGUGGAUAUUUUUUAGAAACUCCCUGCAGAUGGUACGGACACAACAUCCAUUUAGUAACAACUUGUUAGCGUGUAUAACUGUAGACCUACCAUCAGAACCCAUUUAAUAAUAACUCAUUAACAUUUAUAUCUCCAGACCUGAUUCAUCAAAUCCUUUAUUAUUUGCACAUUUCCAUCUAUAGUUUUUGGCAGUUAAACACAUUUAUUAAUGAGUAAAGAAACCCUUAUAACUCCAGGUGCUGUAGUCAAUACUCCUUAUUAACUUAUAUAAUCACAAAUACAUUUAAAAAUAACUUUUUUUUAGUGAUUUACCUCCUUUUUUAAUGACUUAUUACUUAGUAUUGUUACUUUGAAACAUCAAUAAGUGCAGAUUUGGUCACUUGGUGAUCUGAGCGGGUUAUCAAAACACCAUAACAAUGACUUAUUCACAUUCAUGACUGCAUGUGUUUGCUUUCAAUGAAUCUUAAUAACCUUUUUAUGUUUAUAACUGGAUACCUGAUGUAAUAAACCCCUAAGUGUUUGCAUAUUUCCAUUUAUAAUCACAUUCUUUGUGGUUUAACACCUUUAUUAAUGACACAUGAACACUUAUAACUGCAGGUAUUGUGGUUAAUGCUCCUUACUAAUGACAUUGUUGUUAUUUUACUCCUUUAAAAAACGUAUUAAGGUGUAUACCUGCAGAUUUUUUAACUAAAAGUAUUUUAAUAAUGUAGUAACAUAAAGUGUUGUUAUGUCCAACCUUCUUCUAACGAUAGCGUUCAUCAUUUAAAAGCUCAAACUUCUGUCUAAUUUAUAUAUAUCCUCAGAACGGGUUAUUAUGAGCCCAUAUUAAUGACUUAUUAACUUUUAUAUCUGUUUUUAAUGACUCGGUUGAGUGUGUAACGUGUUGUAUCAUACCACUUGUCUCAAUAUUCUUAUUAUUGCAAUUUUUAUUAUUUAAAAAAAAUUGAAAACAUCUUAUUCAUGUCUUAAUAACAGCUGCUGGUAUUUGCAUUCAGCAAAUUCUAAUAACCUUUUUAAAACUGGAAAGCUGAGACAUUAAACCCCUUAUUAAUUUCUCAUUUGCAUUUAUAAUUCAAUUCUUGGAAAUUAACCUACCCCAUCAACGAGAUAUAAACAGUUACAACUUCAGAUUUUCAUGCAGUAAUAACUUAUUGGCAUUAAUAGCAAUAAACUUUAUUUUCAAACUUUAUAUUAAAACUAUUCUCAUCUAUAAAUGAAUUUAUAAGUUCUGAACUAAAGACUUAUUUUUGUGCAUAAAUUCCAGCAACAUGCGUUGACCUUUAUAAAUCUACAAACAUGUUGAUGUUGUUGUUGUUGUUGUUUUUAAAAACAAAUAAAUAAUAAUAAUGACAUAUCUGGCUGUCAGCUGAAUGACUUGUUGAUAAUUAAAUCUUUAUCAGUAAGUCAGUAACAUUAAUAAUUGCAGACUGCAUGUAUUACAUUUCCUGUAAUUGAAGACUUUGUGGUUUAAACACUUCCAGUAUUACUAUAACUAAAUAUUUUAUAAAUGAAGCCUUUUAUCAAUAGCUUGUUAACCAAAUUUUCAUCUUUAUCUAAUUAACCUGCAAUUAAUUGUACAGUAGUUUUUUUUUAUUGCAACCUUUUAUUAAUAAGUUACUAAUAUUAAAAACUGCAGACUGCAUGUAUUAAUCCUCUUUAUUUGUGACUUAUUAACAUUUAACAUGCUGCUCCAUGUCUGAAACAUUUGAUAAAUUACUUGUUAAUGACUUAUUAAAAUCUAUGAAGUAUUUAAUGUGGCUUUAAUAGCGUGUUACAUACAUGACAUACAUAGAUUUCCAGCAUGCGAUAGGGAUAAACAUCAUAGACCCAGGGGGUUUUUCACAAUCUGGCUUUUUUUUUUCUUAUUGAUGACUUAAACAGGUCAAUAAUAUUUAUUAAUCACUAAUGAAGCCUUUAGUAUAACUUAUGAAGGGUUUUUUUUUAAUUAAAAAUUGCUGAAUGUCCAGAAAUAUCCAGUGUCACGGUUCACAAAGUGAAAAGAUCAUGUUUAGAUCUGAUUUUUAAAUUAGCUGACUUCAUUCUUCCAGGCUUUUGUCCAAACGCCCGCAGACGGAGGAUCUGUCACCUAUAUCCACCCUGUAGAUCCGAAUUUGUGUAAAUACAGCAGCAGCCACAAAUUCGCAUCUUGGGGAGUAUGUAGAUGAUGACACAUCACCUAGAAGGGAAGAAAAACAUUCGUCCAGAAGACAAGAAAAUUCCUUUGUUUGUGUAUCAGUGCAACAUGAGCGCUACAUUUGAUAUUUCGUGCUGGUGUGUGUGAUUUUUUUUUUUCUUUAGAGCUGCAGGCCUUCUGCACAGUUUGGCUGGCUGUUUUCUCUCCUCUUUCCUCCCUUUUAGCGCCUCAUUGUUGGGGAGGGUGGAGGGUAAAGAAUAUGACAUCUGGGAAAGUUGCCGGACGAGCCUUGAAUGUGGGCAUUGUUCCGCACAUCAUUUGUCACGUCUCCUUUUCACUGCCACUGUCCGUAUAGUCAAGGAGGAGUUGUAGUUUGCAGCCAGGGGGAAAUGUGAGGAGGAGGACCUCAAACAAACAUUUCCAACGGACCUGACUGGAUGGAGAAGCCGGCCUGGUUGAGGAAAAGCAUGAGGCACCGGAGAAGGAAAAAAGCCAAGAAGCCCUCUGUGGAAACCUGCCAUGUGACAUUUGGCUGCCAGCGCUUCGCCACAAGGUCAAAAAGGGAGGGGAGGAGAGGAGGGGGAGGAGGAGACCCUGUGCACGUUUAAUGGAAAUGCAGAAAACCAGCAGCGCUUCACACAGCAUCCACCAUCAUCACCAUCACCACCGUGACCUCUUCAGCGAGUCUCCGGAUGGUGUGAGCGGCUUUGAGUGUGCUCCUCAGCAGCAAGUGGAGGCGUCUGAGCAUGGCACGUUUCCCCGGAGGUCAAAGCAGCAAAACCCAAAGUUUGCAAUGAGCAGAAAGAUUUUCCCCUGGAUGAAAGAGUCCAGACACUCAAAUCAGAAACCCGGGAGGAGAGUCGCAGACUGCCCCGUGAACGAGAAGAGUCCAAGCAGCGCGACCCCGGCCUCCAAGCGAACGCGCACCGCGUACACGAGCGCGCAACUGGUGGAGCUGGAGAAGGAGUUCCACUUCAGCCGCUACCUCUGCAGGCCGAGGCGCGUGGAGAUGGCCGGCCUGCUCAACCUUCACGAGAGGCAGAUCAAGAUCUGGUUCCAGAACCGGAGGAUGAAGCAGAAAAAGGACCAGCGAGGUCAGGGCCUCCUUCCAGCCAUCACCACCUCCUCUUGCUCGCCCUCGUCCUCCCCCUCCGCCCCGGGAAGCCCCACUCUGUCGAGCCUGGGUUAUGUCCAUCUGGGAGGGGAUUACCAACCGGCCUCCCCUCCGCUCAGGCCCCAGCUGCAGCAGGAGCAGCAGCCUGCGUACCCGGCAAACUACUCUAAAUAUCCAGUUUCAGGCUUCACGCAUGGCCCGCAGUUUGAUGUGCAGUACAGCACCCACACAAGCUCACACACACCAAACCCCAACCUCCGAGGAAACGACCUGAGCGGCUCGUAUUUCUCACAGAGCUGCAGUCCUCAGGAAAGAAUCAUGCAAGCUCCCAAACUGACCCACCUGUAGCGCACGGUGUGGAUUUAUAAAGAAGCGCAAUACUGAUAUAUUUCCAUGCAUGCGUUAUUUAUUUAUUUAUUUGACUAAUUAAUCAGAAUAUUAGUCUCAAAUGUUGUUGUUUUUUAUCUGUAUUUAUAAAUCAUUUGCUGUGUGUUUUAAGUGCAAAGUUUCGGUUAUUUUUUUUUCGACUUUAACUUUCGUUUAAUAAUUAAGACCUUAAAUUAAAAAGGUUCACUGCUGUAAUUUACCCAACAUAAUAAUAAUAAUAAUAAUAAU